AUGAACGAGCCUGGCGCCGAGCCGGCGCCACCCCCACCUCCUAUGGAGGCCAUCCAUCCCACACUCUCUUCCGAAUCGUUCAGUCAGGAGGCCCAUGCCGUAGCGCAAAUGGCGCCAUACGUCACGGACCCCGCGCAGUUUCUCCUGAACAUUCCGUCCGACAAGCCCUUUACGACACAGGUCCCAGCGUCGCUCUUCGACGAAUGCGUCGCUGUCCUCAAACGUACGGUACAGUGGCGUGUAUCGUCGACACGCUACAACGGCGCCCUCCCCCAUGGACGUCGAUAUGCAUGGCGCAAGCACUACGUAUGUGAUCACUCAGGCAAGCCACGCGAUCGUCGGAAUCCCAAUCUGGCCCCAGGAAAGCGUCGGUCACGGCGGGCAUCGAUCAAGAUUGGAUGCCCUGCCUCGUUCACAGCGACACAGGAAAUGGGAAGCGACAUGGUCGUAAUGGUAUGUCGUUUCCAGCAUCAGGGCCAUACAGUCAAUACACGUGAGUAUUGGGCAAGCUCGCGUAUCCCGGACAAUGUGCGUGAAUGGAUCAAGGAAAGGGUGAGCGAGGGUCAUGACCAGAAAGAAAUUGUGCAAAUGAUCCAUGAGCACCAGAAAAAUGCGGCCAACAUACCCCCUACGAGCCCCGCGUUCAUCCCUCCUGGCGUCCAAAUUACACGUAUGGACGUAUACAAUAUCAUAAAACGUCACAAAAGUAUAAAGGCUCAGGAACAUGACGUGGGCUCAAAAACAGUCUCCACGUCACGCCGGCCAAUGGUGAACGAAGGUGUGCCGCUCGAUUUGAGUACGCAAAGUGGGGCUGCGGCUGCUGCCGCGGCUGCAGCGGCAGCAGCCGCGGCGGCGGCUGUUCCUACGUCAUCGCUCCAUAUGAGUGACGCACCGCCUCCGAACGACUCUCAUGCGCUGGAUCCAGCUACCGCAGCAGCAUCGUACUCCCUUUUAUCGCCCAAUGCUCAGCUUCCUCCCGCUACACCGGAAGAGGCAGUGAGUUUCGCUCAGCAAUGGAGCGAUUUGCUAGCCAAUUUGCAAGCGCUUCAACCACAGAUGAUGGAAAAUGCGCUCACAGCAGGCACAGCACGUCAGCCCAACACUGCAGCGGAGUGGUCGCAGGCGAUCGCCCAGCUCACACAAGCUUGGUACAUGGCCAGCAAUCUGGUUGACCGACCGUCGUUAUCUUCCCAUAAUCCACCCCCCUCCUAG